AUGUCCUCUGCCAUAGUAUUAGUGAUUUACAGCGCUAGACCAGUGGCUGGAUACAUUCCCAAACGCUUCGCCGACAUCGUAGUCGGCAUCGUCAGUGAGAGGCGCCAUCGUGGGCACAGAAUCACAACCUAUCAACUGUUGUGGCAUCGCUCCUCGUCUCUAUUUUUUGCUCUACCUUCUAGUGCCGUAUCUUUUUCUCUCAACCCCACUUCACAUCGUUCAUUCACCUAUUCAUACAAUUCUAUGCUCGCUUUUCCUCAAAUGUCGUCUAAGAGUGUGUCGCUACAAGUGGGUUUAGUGAAGCGUAAUAAUCUACACUAUCUGUACCAGAUGCUGUUUGCAGGGCUGCCCCACUUUUUUUCUCAUCCGCUUGUCAAUUGGCAGCUGCUAAACCUCAAAACCACCGUUUGGCUGUCUGAAAUCUGGCUGCCUAAGAACCCUCGAUUCCCGUCCUCGAUUACGUCCUAUUCGAGGAUUUAG